AUGGAGUACAAGGGCUUUCUAGUCUCGACCGAUAACUACAUGAACAUGCAGCUGGCGAACUGCGAGGAGUACAUUGACGGGCAGUGCACGGGUGCGCUGGGCGAGGUGCUCAUUCGGUGCAACAACGUUCUGUACAUUCGAGGGGCCCCAGAAGGGGAAGAUAUGUCGUGA